ACUUCCAAGAGUUUAAUCCAACCAACAAUGGAAGCAGCAGCAGCAGCAGCAGCAGUAGGCCUAGUCUCCUGUGUAUGAAUGAAUGCCUCCACAAUCACAAACCCUCAAUUUACAAUCGAAUAAUCCAAUUCCAUCCUUCUUUCACCACCCAGACCGACCCAGUCGUCUCUCCCCAUUCCAGAAAACGUCAAUUUUAAUCCCCAGGGCCAAGAUUUAACCUUUUCCGACCAAAAUUUUAACCCUACUCCUGUUAAUCUUCGUUUUCAUACCCUUUUCUUUGGUGGGAAAACGCCCAAAUCCCCCAAUUUCUUACCGCACGCCUUUCCUUUCCAUUCCCCCCAUCGACGAGAAAGAACCUGCCUGGGAGUUGGGGGAAUUUAUUGCAAAACCCAUUCGUGAUUUUUGCGAUUGUCUGAUUAUACAUACACCUUUUGAUUUUUCAAAUUGGUUUAGGCGUCGCGUCGGCUGUUCUUCAAUCUUAUUUCUGGAGUAAUCAUUGGCGAAACCCCAGCUUUUAUUUUUUUCUUUUUGGGAUUCGAGGCACAUGUUUCGGGAUUGCUUCAAUGCAAGCCCUUGAUCUUCCAUGUAACUCGUCCUUAGACCCUCGCCCGUCCGAUUCCUUCGCUAUGUCCGACCGCUCCUCGCCGAUCCACCGCGGAAGCCCCCGGGAGGAAAAGGCCCACGCUGAAAACAACGACGAGAGUAAGAAUAACGAUGUAAAAAGCAGUACUGGUGAUGCAAAUAAUGGUGUAGUGUCUAGGAGAGAGAGGCUGUCGAGAGCAUGCACGCAGCGGGCGGCGGAGAGGUUGCAGGCGGCGGCGAAAGCGGAGGCUGCGGUGGAGGCUGAUAGGAAGAGGAAGAAGAGUAGGCGGAAGGAGAGAUUGACUGCUAGGUUGUUGAGGGAGGAGUCUGAUGAGGAGGGUGAGGAUGAAGAUGGGGAGGAGGAGAAUGGUGAGAAGGAAGAGGAUGGAUCUUUGGCGCCGGGUAGAAUGGUGACGCCGCUGCUCGGGGAGCCGGAGGAGUCGCAGCUGCCGCGGUGGAGGAUUCGAUCAAUGUGGCAAUUGGCUUCGAUUCUCAACUUUUUGAAUGUGUUUAGGCCUUCAUUGAAUAUCAAAGUGGAAUUUUCGGCUGAGGAGUUCGAGACAGCUUUGAUUAGUCCCAACAAUACUUUGGCCGACAUACAUAUGCCAUUGUUGAAGGCAAUUCCUCCCGUCACAAGAAUGGCACUUGGACAUCAUACUUGGAUUACAGUUUUAUGUAGAAAAUUGAGAGAUUGGUGGCAUUGGGUUGCAGAAGGAGAUCUACCAAUAGUUGCAUCACAUGGUGCUGAAGUUGAGACGUACAAGUCACUUGACCCUGGGAUGAGGGUGGUGAUUCUGAAGGCAAUAUGUGAUAUUCGGGUUGAGCAAGAUGAUAUUCGUCAAUAUAUGGAGCACUCAAUGAAACAUGGAGUGUUGCUUUCCACAUUUCGGAAAGAGCCCCUUGGUGGUGACUCUCACGGAGUAUCAUAUUGGUAUGAAGAUGAUUCCAUUAUUGGUCAUCGAUUGUACCGUGAAAUUAGAAAAGUUGAGGCAAAAAAAGGAAAAGGGAGGAAUAUUCCUCCUAUUCCCGAUUCAUCGUAUCAGUGGGAAGCUGUUGCUACAAAUUUAGAUGAAUUCCAAACUGUUUCUGAAAAGCUCCUGUCAAGUAAAAAUAGAACCGAAGUUUCUGUUGGGAAAAAACUGAAGAAUGAUAUGCUUCCUGAAAUCGAGAAAGUGCACAAGAGGAAGGAGAAACUGCUAAAGAAGCAACACAGACAAGCACUUAUGCUCGAUAGCAUGAUAAGCAUGGAUGGCCUGACCGCUGGUCGGUCUCUCCGUGAUCGAAAACCCGUCACAUAUACUUUCGAUGAUUAUGAUCGAUCGAUCAAUGAGGCUUUAAAAGUCACCAAGAAGAAACAGCCGUCUCCGGAACCCUUCGACAGAAGAGACCCUCACAUGAAACUUGAGGUUUCUGAAAACGGUAAAUGGGGGGGUGGCACGUCGUCGCAGUGUUCUCAACCGCCGUCAUCUAACGACUUGACUUCCGACUCUCCCGAUUACACUCAAAAUUAUCAACUCAAUAAGCAAGAAACAUUGGACCGAAGCAAUCGCCGAAGGAAGAAGCCUCAGAGGUAUUCCGAGAAAGAGUUUGUUGAAGCUCCUUCGGAAAACGAAAUGGAUUUCGACAGUGAUGAAGAUAUCGUUGGUGAAGUAGUUUAUCACGAUGAAUACAUAGAGAGUCGGAAACGAAGAAAGAAGAUGUCGAGUAGCUCGGAAGGCGACGAAGAGUAUAACUGGGAUGAAGAAAAUCCCGAAGAGGAUGAGGAGGAUGAAGAGGAAGAAGAAGACGACGAGGUCGUAAGUACGAGCGACGGUAGCAACAGGCCGCAGAGAUCAUCGAGAACUGUGCGCGGCCGCACCAGACGGGAAACGAAACUGAGGUCGGUCGGCGAGCUUCAAUCGGGUCUCAGGCGCAGCAAAAGAACAACCCGGAACCGAAUCAAUUACAGGAAUUAUGAGAUGAGCGAAUCAGAUAACGAGUCGAAGAAACGUGCAAAGUCAGAGGCAGCGGUGUUGUCCGAGCACUCCGAGGGAAGCGGCGAUCGAGCAGAUUUCUCGAGAGGUUUUCAGGAUUCGGAUGACGACGACGACGACAGCGACGACAAUGAGAGAAACAACGAGCAGGAGAUGCGCGACGAUCCCAUUCCUGAUCUCGACCUCGACGCACCUAUGGAACAGCAGAACUCUCAAAUGGAUCAUGAAAUGGAAACCAACCAGCCGGACCUGGACGGAACAAAUCACAGGCAACAAGAAGAGGAAGACGACGACGAGGAAGAAGAAGAAGAAGUCGAGGGUGUUGGAAAAAGGCGAUAUCUUGAUUUGAACGAACUUGCGCCGAGUUCUGGAUUCGAUGACACUCCGAAUCCUGCAGAAGGCGAGGAUCGCGACAGAGACGGCGACAAUAUUUAGCGAGGAUUAUUUGUAGAGAGAGAGAGAGAGAGAGAGAGAGGUUUUUCUUCUUCUUCUUCUUUCUUGUUCUUGGGUAUAAAAUGAAUGAAUGAAUGAAUCUUGGUUA